CUACAACUUCCCCUAUCCUUAUCGCAAUUGCCUUAGAUUUAGUCGCUCUUUCCUCUCUUCUGGAAGGAAAGACCGAAUGAUCGAUAUGUAUAAUUCUCGUAGUUCUAAUUUAAAACCAAUUGUUUCUCUUACUACGUCUUCCAAGGAGAUACCUUCCACUUUGUCCACUCUUGAUAUAAUCAUGAUAUUUACACCACUCUAACAAACUUUGAUCUGACUUCAGAUAAGAUCACCCAGGGGUUGAGCAGGAUGUGUGCGGUCGAGGAGCAAAAUUCCUUCGAAUUCAACGUAUGACGACUCAAGAGACACAUUCAAGGAUUUUUCUAUUAUUGGCACCAUACCGCUCCCUUCUGCCAGUUAUUCCUAUCGUCACUUUCUACGAUACUAGGACUUCACUAUUUUUAUAUCGUGAAUUUUACACACUUCAAUAAAUCUUCAUUACCUCUUUCAUAGUUGCAUUCUCUUGCUGUUUCCUAGGUGGUAUAUAAGAUUCACCAUGAAUAACCAACGGAGAGUUAUGGGUUCGGUGAGAAAGGCAGUCAUCUUCUUGCUGUUACAGGUUCGCUUGAUCAAUGGAUUUUCGUGGCGUAGUGUGCCGAAAGUGGAAUUAGACACGGGAAUGCUUACAGACUCAUCUACUGCAGGCGGCGAUCUAUCACAGCUCCUCAGGUCUGGGUCGCGGUUACCCAGCUCCUAUGAGGUAACCCUAAAGGAACUGCGAGAAUUAGAAUCAGAGCCCCUUUGUCAUAGGACAGCCGCACGCCUAUUGGUGAAUAAUUGCGAAGUUCUCGAGGGCAAGAAUGAAGCAUCAGUUCUAACUGAAAGUGGCCGUAAAAUUAGAGAUUUCGUUGACUCGUACGCUGCUAGUCUGGCAAUCUGCGACUUGGAGAGAGGAAGCUUCCAGAUCCCAAGAGAAUGCGCCAAUUUCCGAGAGUCCGUUCUAAGCCAGCUACCAAUUCGAAAUCAGCACAUUCUUCUCUUUCAGCGUCUAACAAAGAUUAUGGGGCGAUUCACAGACGACAUCGACAAGAAGUUUGAACAGCGUAUGAACGAUCUGGACAUCCGGGCACAGGCUACGAGUGGCAGAAUAGAUGAGCUUUUUCCAAAAGAAACUACGGACGCGGUCAGUUUGGGGGCGCAGAAUGCUGUCAACCUGCAGAAAAUGCUCGAGGUUGUAUUGAAGAGUGUUUUUCAGGGCCAGGCCGAGGUAGUAUCUUCUUAUGAACACUCGAUGCAACUCGCCAAUAAACGUGCAGAAUCUGCAAUUGACACGGCGAUUCAAGCAAUCGCGGUAGUUACCGAGUCCGCAGCGCAUUUACGAACCCAACUCGAGCUUUCACGUCUCCAAGCAAUGGAAUUGGAAUCGAGGCAAGCUAAUUUAGAGGAGGGCAUGCAACGACUUAUUGGCAUCACAGAAAACUUAGCGGUGAAAUACGACGAUCAUACGAGCCUACUACAUCAGGCACGCAAUAUAACAAAUGAUAUUCUUGAAACACUAGAGGACACAGCCGCUGAGGCAGCUAAUGUCGGCAAUUCAAUCCUUAAGCAGUCGUCUGUCUCGUCAUGGUGGCCUUAUGUUUGGUGCCCAGCAGCAUCACUGGUACUGGGUUCGUACGGGCUCCCCCCUUCCGCGAUGAGGAAUUUGGCACUAUUGACUUUAGGAGAGGUAGCUGGUCUUACAAUAUCAUCUAUACAGUUGUCCGCGCCUACCAUUAAGCUCUCCACUUUGCUACAUACUUGGGGGCAUUCAUUUCCUAAAUCAAGCUCGCCUUCCAACACCGCCAGCCAACCUGAAUUGCUAUAG